AUGGAAUCGGAAACCUUUAUUUUUGGCUUUGAUUUAUCAUCAUUUCCGAGAUGGAUGAUAUUGGCCAUUGGUAUUGGAGGAGUUUUCGGUUCAUUCUUGUUACAAGGAUUCGCUCACGAAAAGAUUUUUAAGAAAUACAAAUUUAACGAGUCUCUCUUUUUAACGUUCCUUCAAUUUCUUUGCUAUGCAUCUCUGUCAUUCAAAUUAUUCUACAAUCUAUUCCGAGGAAGGUCAAAAUUGCAUGCGCCUUUUUGGUUUUAUUUUGUUACAGCGUUUGCAUUGGUCAGCUCGACAGCAUUAUCAAAUUUCUCACUAGAAAGAAUCACUUAUCCGACUCAGGUACUCUUUAGGUCCUCAAAAUUAAUUCCUGUUAUGCUAGGAAGCUUCUUUUUCCUUAAGAAACGAUACUCCAUACUAGAAAUUGUUUCUGUUUUCCUUAUCGUUGCAGGAUUAAUCGGUAUUUCAAUGAGUGACAAAAAAGUUCAUAAUAAAAUCGACGCCAUGGGAUUAAUUGCCAUUAUUGCUUCAUUGUUCGCAGAUGCUUUUGCUUCAAAUCUCGAAGAGAAAGCAUUUUCUCAAUACCAAGCCCCACAAGAUGAAGUUAUUGCAAUUAUUUACUUAAUUGGUUCUUUUCUUGUCGGUGGAUUAUCAGUUCCAACUGGACAAUUUACAAAAGGCAUUAAACAAUGCUCAGAGAACCCAGGGUUGGUUGUAAGUAUCGUUCUUUUUUCAUAUUUAGGUGCUAUCGGUAUUCAAUUUGUCUAUUUGAUCAUUAAAUCAUUUGGAUCUGUUGUUGCUGUUAUGGUUACAUCUCUUAGAAAGGCAUUUACAGUUUGCCUUUCCUUCCUUUUGUUCUCUGACAAGAAAUUUACAAUCUACCACUUCUUUUCCAUUGUUAUUAUCUCCAGUGGAAUUGGACUUAAUGUUUAUGGAAAGAGAAACUCAAAAGAACAGAAACAAAAGGAUAGAAAGUCCGAUUCUUACACAUCUCCAAUGGAUUCCCCAAUUGAAAACGAUAUUGGAGCCCAGGUUGAUGACUCAUCAGAAAACAAUCAACAAGUUUAA